AUGGCAUAUACAGAGGAAAGGCUGAAUGCCCCUGAUGGGUCCGCACUCACCUGGAUCUUUGACCAUAUUCUUCGUUACCCUGGCACAUAUGAGAUCCCUCUUCGAACUAUGUACGCCUUGAACUCGAAUCCAACCAGACAACCGUCACCUGGCACUUGUUGCUCCCCCGAAACAGCUUUCGCCCGUCGACCGACUUCUCCCAAAUCUUCUGCUGCUGCGGAUCUCAGAGCGCAAUUGACCCAACAAAUUUCCCGCUUACCAUCUCAACCUUGUUCCCUCCCACCCAGUUUCAUCACUUCUUUCCUGCGCCGUUGUUUCGCCCCUCAGCUGGAAGAUGUCGACUUCCCGCAGGCGCUUACCGGGCUCGACUACCUCAGGGACUUUGAAAUCCGCCGUAAGAAAGAGGUUGUAGCUGCCUUGCAAAGGUUGGGCCUCGAGCAGGGUGACCUCAGAGAACCGUCAGAGCUGGCCAAAAAAUACCCCGGUGUUUUGACAUGGCUCGAGUCUAUCAACAUUAAGGGUCGUAAAGUGGAGGCCCUGUACACACAGAUCUACAUUGGUCUCCGCCGAUGGGCUUUGAUCAACGAAAUGCUUCUGGAACCAUUCAACAGGGCUAAUUGCAUUGCCAUGCUCAACACCCUCUUCCCUCCCGUGACAGAGGCAACCGUAACCCCAACAUCACAACUCACCCCCCAGAUCUUGAAAUCCCAACGGGACGGCUUCUUCCGGUAUAUCUCCGCUUUUGAAACCAACGGGAGACAGAUCCUGGACAAGGUUAUCGCGCAGGGCGCACCCGAGGGUGAAAGCACCGGCUGGCCCUUGGUUCGAGAUGCGCUGGACAAGUACCUGCGAACUGCCAAUGAGAUCAUCGACGAGUGUGCAAUGGCCCAUGGCCAAGCCAGCUUUGACGAAGUAAUCGACUCCCCUCCUCGAGGACAUAAGGGUCGCAAGGUAGACUCAGGCAUUAGCUUUGGAUCAUCCGAUAAGAUACCUGCUCCUUCCAUUACUAGCAGCACUAUCUCCGACUACAUCACAGAAAAACCCUUACCACCUUCGCCAAAGGGAACCCACACUUCUAAAACAGGCGGCUCUACGCUGGAGCGGCUGGCCCGCGAGCUCCGCAAGCUGGGCGAUAGCGGCAAGGUCAAGGGCCUCAAGAAAAUGAAAUCAUCCAGCACCUUGGGUAUUCGACCAGAGACCCCUUCUGUAGACGAAGAAUCCUUUUUUGAAAUUGACGAACAGAAACGAAAGCGCUUGAUUUGGGAAGCAACCACCCGCAAAAGAUCCCAUAUGAAGCAAUCUAGCGGCAGCUCACGAUUUGAUUGA